AACAGAAUAGAUUGUCUCCAACAACGAAGAUGAUCUUCAAAAGUCAACAAAUAACUAGAGAAAAAAAAGAAUAUAUUUUCUAGUCACUCCAUUUGAAAUAUUUCAUUUGUGAUUUGGCUAUCGUUUUGUUCUGGUGUGUCGAUCUGGUGAAAAAAAAUGAUUCAUUCAGCUACUAGUGAUAGGCAAUUUGAUGCCGAAAGUUCAUCGGUUGCAUCAUCAAGUGAUGGUAUGAUCAAUAAGAAGACUAAAUGGCAAACAAUUCAAGGAAAUCUCGAAGAUUUCUGGAUCACUAAACAAAUUCUACCAAAAGAUGCUGACAAAACUAAAGUGGUGAAAACAACUUUACGAGAAUUGUUGACCUAUAUUGCAUUUUUGGUUACAAUUACUUAUAUCACAUUUUCAAUGAUGAAUCCAACAAUGUAUUAUCAGACGAAAAUCAUGUCGAAUCUGUUUUUGGAUCAACCCGAUUCAAAAGGUAUAACAUUUCGUAUGGCUACACAAAUGGAUCAUUUCUGGGAUUUUGUCGAAGGUCCAUUAAUUCAUGGCUUGUAUUGGGAUAAAUGGUAUAAUAAUGAAACGGCUAGUUCAUUCAAAUCGAUUUUGUAUGAAAAUUAUCUACUUGGUGCACCACGUAUGCGACAGAUUCGUGUACGAAAUGAUUCCUGUGAAAUACAUAAAGAUUUUCAACGAGCAAUAUUUUCCUGUUAUAAUCAUUAUUCAAAAAUUUAUGAAGAUCGUGAUGAUAUUCAUGAGAAACAUAUACCAGAAUUUGAAUGGCAAGAAAUACGAUCAUUCGCUAAGAAUGAUGUAUGGGGACAAUUGUCCACAUAUUCAGGCGAAGGUGGCUAUAUUGUUAAUCUUUCGUUGAAUAAAACAAUAGCCAUUAAAACUAUUGAAAAGUUGAAAGAAUUCCUUUGGAUUGAUCGUGGAACACGUGCCGUAUUGAUUGAUUUCACCACUUAUAAUCCAAAUAUUAAUCUAUAUGUGGUCACUAAAUUGAUUGCCGAAUUUCCAGCUACUGGUGGCAUGUUUACAUCAUGGCAAUUUCGAACAUUAAAUCUACUGGAGAAUAGUUCACAGGCACAGAUUGGUCUUUAUGUUUGUUUCAUAAUGUUUUUGAUUUUCAUUGUUUACUAUACGAUUGAAGAAUUUUUCGAAAUUACUGCACUCGGUUUCAUACCUUAUCUUCGUUCAAGUGGUUGGAAUUAUCUUGAUCUUUUCAUCAUUCUCAUUUCAUUAGCUUUAGUAUUCUUUUUGGUUUGUCGUAAAUAUAUUAUAACAAAAAUUUUUGAUGAAGCAUACACUGAAGAAUUGGCCGAACAUGGCUAUAUGGUCGAAAUGGGCAAUCGAACCGUUUCACUUCAAAUUGAUACCUAUCAAUUUGAUACACUUGGAUUUUGGUCAGCUCAAUUUAGCAACAUUUUGGCUGUUCUUUCAUUCGUUUCGUGGAUCAAAAUUUUCAAAUAUAUUAGCUUCAACAAAACAAUGUCACAGUUGAGCUCAACACUUAGUCGUUGCGCUAAAGAUAUUGCUGGUUUCGGUCUAAUGUUUUUUAUCGUAUUCUUUGCAUUCGCUCAACUUGGCUAUCUGCUUUUCGGAACUCAAGUCAAAGAUUAUAGUUCAUUUGGAAGAGCUGUCUUCACAUUGUUACGUCUGAUUCUUGGUGAUUUUGAUUUUCAAGCCAUUGAAAAUGCUAAUCGAGUAUUGGGACCAAUAUUUUUCCUCAGCUACAUUUUCUUCGUCUUUUUCGUGCUGAUGAACAUGUUUUUGGCUAUCAUCAACGAUACGUAUGCAGAAGUAAAAUCUGAAUUAAAAGAUGAUGAAGAAUUUGCUAUGAUGGAUUAUUUCAAAGCCAUUUCGAAUCAAAUCCUACACAAACUUGGUACCCAAAAAGAACAAAUUGAAGAAAUUCAACAAGCAAUCAAACAAUCUGGAUUUGAUGGUUCACGUCGAGUGAGUUUUUCAACUAUCCGACAAGAAUUGAAGAAACGAAAUCUAAGUGAUCAAGAAAUUGAAAUGUUGUUUGCAAAAUAUGAUAUCGAUCAGAAUAGAGAAUUGGAUGAAACUGAAUUGCAUGCAAUGUUCGAAGAUCUAGAAGGUAAAAAGAAAUCGAUCGAAAAAGAAAUGGAAGAAAAUAAGAAUAAACGUCGUGAUUCUGUGUUGAGUUUACAUGGACGACAUUUGCCUCAAUUUGAUUUCGGAAAGAUAUCCAAACGUGUGGAUCGUAUGGAAUAUGUAUUGGCAACCAUAUCGAAUAAAAUGGAUUCACUUUUUGCUAAUCGAAUCGAAAAUGAUGACUAAAAUUAAUCACAUAGAUUUGAAGUAGAUAUUUUUGUAGUCAAAUUUUGAAAAAAACUCAAAUCAUUAUCAUUCUUAUUGAGAAAAAUUCAAAUU